AUGGUUAAUAACUCUAGAACUAUCAAUAAUAAUAAAUUGACUGAAAGUAAAAAAGAACAAAAAGAAAAUCAGCGGAAACAAGACAUUUCAAAUGAAAUUGAUGAGGAAGAUGAUGAAUCUGACUCUGAGGAUUCAGAAUCAGAGUAUUUACUAAGUAAUACAGAUAUUACAAAGCGUUACUCUCAUCAAAACUUGAAUGUUCACUUCAACAAAGAAAAACAAUUUUCAGUUGAAUCUUCAAUCCACUCGUGGAUAAUUGACUUAAGUGAUUGGAAAAUCAAACAGUUGUUCACUGAUGAUGAUUGGUGUAAAAUUACAGAGGAGUCUAAUGUAUUACAAAGACCAGAUGAAAAUCUCAAAUUGCAAUAUUCAAGGGUUACAAAUCGUCAGAUUCGUCAAGUAUUGUUGUAUCAAGAAGAAAAAUUGAAAAUGAACCUGAAGGAAAGGGCAAAAUUAGGACGUCGGCUUGACGGAAUUUUACGAACUUAUAAUGACAAUGUAGAGUAUGAGACGAUAGAGGAAUACAUAUCUCAAAGGAGAAGAUCUUAUCAAAAUCCUGAUACAAAUAAAAAAUAUAAAGAAUUUUUUCAUGGUCUUAUUAACACACAACCUUAUUUAAUGGUCAUGAAAUGUAUUGAGAUCAUAGAUGAGAAAUUGCCAGAUUUAACUGAGGAGGAAUUCAUACAAGAGAUAAUAAACGGUGGCAAAUGA